AUGGCAAGAGGUAGAAACGAUCGUGCAAUCGCUGAUGCUCUGCAAGCGAUGGCUCAGGCUAUGAGUAAUUUGAACCAACGACCAGAGAUAGAUUGGCUAGAGAGAUUUCAGCGAAAUAAUCCGCCAAGUUUCCGUGGAGGCUAUAACCCUGAUGGAGCUAUUGACUGGAUUUUUGAAGUUGAAAAGAUAUUCCAAGCUAUGGGAUGUCCUUUGACACAGAAGGUAACUUUGGCUGUCUUUAUGCUUUUUGGAGAGGCUGGCAUCUGGUGGCAAGGUGCUUUGCAAAGAAUGAUGGUUGCGGGAACUCAAGUAAACUGGGAUAAUUUCAAGCGGCUGUUCUUGGAGAAAUAUUUUCCCCAAGAUGUGAGACAUAAGAAACAGGUGGAAUUCCUUGAAUUGAAACAAAGAGAGAAUUCAGUGGCUGAAUACGUGACUAAAUUUGAAGACUUGGUUAGAUUCUGUCCUAUGUAUGAUGGUGUAGACAAUGAGGAGGACAAAUGCGUGAAGUUUGUGAGCGGUCUUCGCCCUGAGAUCAAACAA